GACCCACCUUUGCCUCCACCACUGCUCCGCAUCUGCACACCGCUACAAUGGCUAAAACAGCAAUGGCCUACAAGGAAAAAAUGAAGGAGCUGUCCAUGCUGUCACUGAUCUGCUCUUGCUUCUACCCAGAACCUCGAAACAUCAACAUCUACACUUACGAUGAUAUGGAAGUGAAGCAGAUCAACAAACGCGCCUCUGGCCAGGCUUUCGAGCUGAUCUUAAAGCCACCAUCUCCUGUUUCUGAAGCACCCCGAACUUUAGCGUCUCCAAAGAAGAAAGACCUGUCCCUGGAGGAGAUCCAGAAGAAGCUGGAGGCUGCUGAGGAAAGAAGAAAGUCUCAGGAGGCCCAGGUGCUGAAACAAUUGGCAGAGAAGAGGGAGCACGAGCGAGAGGUCCUUCAGAAGGCUUUGGAGGAGAAUAACAACUUCAGCAAGAUGGCGGAGGAGAAGCUGAUCCUGAAAAUGGAACAAAUUAAGGAAAACCGUGAGGCGAAUCUAGCUGCUAUUAUUGAACGUCUGCAGGAAAAGGAGAGGCACGCUGUGGAGGUGCGCAGGAACAAGGAACUCCAGGUUGAACUGUCCGGCUGAAGCGAUGGAGGAAAAACAAAAUGAGGUCAGUAGACAGUCUAUGGUGCUAGAAACCCACCAUUGCCUAAUGACCUAGAUGAGUUUGUCAUUUCUGAGCUUGACUAAGACUAUACCUGCAUCCCAGGUAUCAUGGCAACACACGAACUUCCACAUUUGUUCGCUUAUAAUCUACUGAACUGCCUGGAAUCUACAAACCCAGGCUAAGGGGAACCACCCGUCCUAGCAUUUCUUUCUGCUUCUAAUGGUUAUGUGCUACAAAUGUGCUUUGGCUUUAGAAAGGGAUGGAAGAGAGGACAGAUCUUAGAUGGAUCUGGGUAGAAGCAUAGGGUGGAAUCUUUUCAAAUGCAGAACACAAAUCCCCACCCAAGUGGUUCAAUCAGCCAUGAAACCACUCUUCAUGACAUGGGCUUUCUUCUCUAGUUUCAGUGCUUUCAAUAGGGUGAAUUAAUUAACGUGUCAGGUGGCUUAUUUGUGGAUGCCAUGGUCGAUGAUGUUCAUUUUAAGCUUAUACCUAUAGUACAAGUACAUGAUGCUAUGGAACCUUUUAUUCCUCUUGGAAACUGUGAGCUGGUUGUUGCAUUCAAACACAAACAAAAACAAAAUCACAAAACACUGUGGACUUUCACACAAGCUGGUCUUUCUUCUUCCCCAGUGUGAGGCAAUCCUGC